AUGCCUCAUGCAUACAGUUUGAUUCAUGAACUUACUCUCCUAUAUUCUAAUGAAACUAGACUUGUUUCCGACGAAAAGACAAAAUAUUUGCAAUCUCAUAUGAUUUUCCUUAAUAGAGCUCUCAAAAUUUUGAUAACUUUGGAUUCUAUAGGUAUAGUUGCCUUUAGUAUUGGACCUAUUAUAAUAUCAAUAUCUCAAUAUUACACAACUGGUAAAUUAAAUCUUUUACUACCUUUCUUUAUUUUAUACCCAUUUGAUGCUUUCAACAUUUACGUGUGGCCUUUUAUAUACAUCCAUCAAGUGUGGUCAGCCGUUCUUGCUGUUUUUACUGUACUGGGGCCAGACAGCUUAUUAUACACGUCUUGUGUAUUAAUCAAUGAGCAUUUUUAUCAAUUGAAACAAGAAAUUAAAUUUAUUUUCGAUGAACAUGAUCCAGCAUUAGGUAUACAUGAUAAUGCGUUGAAGAAAAAACUUGUAAACGUAGUUGUAUUUCAUUUGCAAUUGAUACGUUAUUUACAUUUGAUCGAGACAAUUUAUUCGAAGUCGACGCUUUGUAAUGUGUUAACUAGCUCUUUGCUAAUUUGUUUCACUGGUUUUAAUGUGAUGGCAGUUGAUAACUUAGUAAUGGUGAUGCCGUUUAUCCCUUUUUUGCUGAUGGUGAUUGGGCAAAUAUUUUUAUUAUGCUACUAUGGAGAUCUAAUACAAGAAUCAAACGAGGGAUUGAGUGAAGCCGUGUAUAGUAGCACUUGGUAUAAAGUAAGAUCACCAGUCGCCAAAAAUUUAAUCAUUUUAUUGAUUCGAGCUCAGAAGCCGUUUAAAAUCACAGCAUAUGGUUUUAUGCACAUCAACAUUGCAGCGUUUACGAGAAUAAUGAGCACAUCCUGGUCGUAUUUCGCUUUGCUGUUAUCAUUUAAUAACAACAAUUAGUGUACCGAAAUACUACUUAU